UGUGGCAGCAGCUUCAGGUGUGUCCGUGGACAAGUUUGAGAGGCACUGUACUGUACCAGUCUCCCUUUAACUGGAUCUUGGCAGAUGGUAGGUGAGCCCGUGAAACAAUAUGAAGAGAAGAAAAUAGCCUUUUAAGGAAAUUGGCCCACAGAAAGGAUGGCCUUCUUGGACAAUCCAACUAUCAUUCUAGCUCAUAUUCGACAGUCACAUGUGACCAGUGAUGACACAGGAAUGUGUGAGAUGGUUCUCAUUGAUCAUGAUGUUGACCUAGAGAAGAUUCAUCCUCCUUCAAUGCCUGGAGACAGUGGGUCAGAAAUUCAGGGAAGCAAUGGUGAGACUCAGGGCUAUGUAUAUGCCCAGUCAGUCGAUAUUACCUCAAGUUGGGACUUUGGUAUUAGAAGACGCUCAAAUACAGCUCAAAGAUUAGAACGACUCCGAAAAGAGAGACAAAACCAGAUCAAAUGCAAAAAUAUUCAGUGGAAAGAAAGAAAUUCUAAGCAAUCAGCCCAGGAGUUAAAGUCACUAUUUGAAAAAAAGUCGCUCAAAGAGAAACCUCCACAUUCUGGAAAGCAGUCAAUAUUAUCUGUACGCCUGGAGCAGUGUCCUCUGCAGCUGAAUAACCCCUUUAAUGAGUAUUCCAAAUUUGAUGGCAAGGGUCAUGUAGGCACAACAGCAACCAAGAAGAUCGAUGUCUACCUCCCCCUGCACUCAAGCCAGGACAGACUGCUGCCAAUGACCGUGGUGACAAUGGCCAGCGCCAGGGUACAGGAUCUGAUCGGGCUCAUCUGUUGGCAGUACACAAGCGAAGGACGGGAGCCGAAGCUCAAUGACAAUGUCAGUGCCUACUGCCUGCAUAUUGCUGAGGAUGAUGGGGAGGUUGACACAGAUUUCCCCCCACUGGAUUCCAAUGAGCCCAUUCAUAAGUUUGGCUUCAGUACUUUGGCCUUGGUUGAAAAGUAUUCAUCUCCUGGUCUGACAUCCAAAGAGUCGCUCUUUGUUCGAAUGUCCUCCUCAUCCAUCGCCCAGCAUAUUGUCACAGAUGGAGCGCGUACUGACUUCCGAGGAGAAAGCAGAGGAAGAAAUGCUGCUCAUGGAUUCUCCCUUAUUCAGGUGGACAACACAAAGGUCACCAUGAAAGAAAUCUUGCUAAAGGCAGUGAAGCGAAGAAAAGGAUCCCAGAAAAUUUCAGGCCCUCAGUACCGCCUGGAGAAGCAGAGCGAGCCCAAUGUCGCUGUGGACCUGGAGAGCACUUUGGAGAGCCAGAGCGCCUGGGAGUUCUGUCUGGUCCGCGAGAACAGUUCAAGGGCAGACGGGGUUUUUGAGGAGGAUUCGCAAAUUGACAUAGCUACAGUACAGGAUAUGCUGAGCAGCCACCAUUACAAGUCAUUCAAAGUCAGCAUGAUUCACAGACUCCGAUUCACGACUGAUGUACAGUUAGGUAUCUCUGGAGACAAAGUAGAGAUAGACCCAGUUACGAAUCAGAAAGCCAGCACUAAGUUUUGGAUUAAGCAGAAACCCAUCUCAGUCGAUUCUGACCUGCUCUGUGCCUGUGACCUUGCUGAAGAAAAAAGCCCCAGUCACGCGAUAUUUAAACUCACGUAUCUAAGCAAUCACGACUAUAAACACCUCUACUUUGAAUCUGACGCUGCUACCGUCAAUGAAAUUGUGCUCAAGGUUAACUACAUCCUGGAAUCACGAGCAAGCACUGCCCGGGCUGACUAUUUUGCUCAAAAACAAAGAAAACUGAACAGACGUACAAGCUUCAGCUUCCAGAAGGAAAAGAAAUCAGGGCAACAAUGACACCGGCCUCCGGCUUCAAUCUGUUGCCAUAGCUCAGAGCCUACCUGCCAGGACCAGGUGGCCCUAGAGCCCACCUGUGUCCUGCAGUCCUCGGGGAGGCCAGCCCCUGGCUCACGAGGACAGGGCUGGUGGGCUCUUGGGGAAAGGGGGGCACCCCCCUGGAACAGAGCUGGGGACGUUGCCACGGGGCCGAACCCUGAGUGGUAAUGGCCUUGAUUAGCAGUGCCCGGGGCCGGACGACACCGAGAGGAGCCACAAGCUGCCCAGCCAUCUUCACUGCCUGACGGCCCCGCCCGAAGAUGGACAUAGCCAUGCCCAGACAUGUCCUUGCAACUUGAUCAAAUUUCUUAAACGAAGAACAAAAAUGUACGGUUCUUUUUUUUUUUUCUUCCUUUUAAUAAACUCUUUAUCAUA